CAUAAAAACAUAUCGACAGAUGUAUUUUUAUAUAAAAAAAAACCACUAAUGGCACGAUUCGUUGACGGCUGUUGCUAGUGUUGCCAAGUUUACAAAGUAAAUACCUAAAAUAAUACUCAUGUUUUCCUGAUCAAAGCAUGUAAAUAUAAAUAAUGUUAAUAAUAAAUAAUAAUAAUAAUGAAGAAUAAAAUGACACAUUAAUGUAUUUUUGAGUCGUACAUUCCAGUUAAAAGGUAUUACCAACAUUAAAAUGAGAUAAAACAGGUUAUGAUAUUUUCUAGCAACAAUACGGAAAAAUGCACCGCAAAAUUUUGUAAUAACCAGUAACAACAUAUGAUAAAUAAGAAAAUAACGUACGUGGAGAGAGAGUAUAAAAUAUAGAAAAUAGUUUGUGUGUUCAGUGGAACAUAACAUGGCCGAGAUGUCGCCCGGAGAUAAAUUAAUUAAAAUAAUUAAAUUAGGCCAUCUGAAGAUGGCUAAAGUAAUGUUUUUAAUUAUAUCUGCUAUUGUCUGUAUAGUUAUUUUUUAUGCCAAUACAAACAUAAUCGGACGCAGGUCACUCUUUGCGUUGUUUUUAAAUAAUCGUAGCGAGCCCGUAGGUGGAGGAGGAUUUGACGACCACACGAGAAUAAUUGUAGAAAACACUAAUCCUACACUGCCACUAGCAAAUGCCUACGCUUCUUCAUCAACUGAAGGAAACAGAAAAGCUCUUGCUAUAAAAUCGUUGUUAAUAAGACCGCCUACUUCAAAAACGGGUGCUUUGGAAAUAUUUAAUAUCACGGGAAGCCAAACAUCAGAUUACAACAUAUUUGUUAUCUACACUAAAGAAAAUUAUCAAUUACACGUAAAGUUUGAAUUAUUUGCACAUAGUUUGCUAAAAUUUUCAACACCUGACGUCUUAUUAUAUCUACAUGUAUUAACUGAUGAAAUUAGUGCUCACAGUGUAGAUCAGAUGUUGGAAAAGGAAGUGCGUCGUUAUAGACGUGCUAUUAUGUAUACCUUAUACAAUAUGCGCUUGUGUGCGGAGCGUGUCGUUGAUAUUGUAAAUUCUAUGACACCAUACUUUAGUUCUACACCGAAAUCGUAUUACAGCGAUUCCUUAUUUUUCCUGUCGUUGGGUCUGCAUCGCAUCGCGGAUGAGAGAAUGGAACGGGCUGUUUUAUUGGACUGCGACAUAGUCUUCCGGGCAGAUGUACGUCUCCUUUUUGCUGAAUUUGAACGUUUCUCCAAAGAAAAUCUUUUCGGUUUAGCGCCAGAGCUAACUCCAGUCUAUCGUCAUAUUUUAUAUCGGUAUAGAGCAAAUUUUCCCAACACGGACUUUGGUAGCCCUUUCUAUAUGUCGCCAAAUGAACUAUAUAAUUUAGUUUCUGCUGAGACCCAUACCCAUAAAAUGCGAAAAUCUGAAAAACAUCUGCGGCAUGGUUAUCCGGGUCUCAAUUCUGGAGUUGUGCUGCUACACCUCACUGCUAUACGUCACUCCCGGCUUUAUCACGACCAAUUGCAAGAAACUGCAAUACGUAAAUUGACAUCGAAGUAUAUGUUUAAAGGUCACUUGGGCGAUCAAGACUUUUUCACUUUAUUGGGCUAUGAAUUUCCGAAUCUGAUUUAUCGUCUGGAUUGCGUAUGGAAUCGUCAAUUGUGUACAUGGUGGAAAGAUCAUGGCUACAGUGAUGUCUUUGAUAAAUAUUUCACUUGCAAAGGACGUAUCAAAAUGUAUCAUGGCAAUUGUAAUGCUCGGGUACCCGAAUAAUGAAAUCAAUAAGUCCAAGGAAUGCCGAUAAUGGCAGAUUAAAGGACGUUAAACUUAUGCAUCUCAUAUGUUAGUUAACUAGUUAGUUAUGUAAAUUUUUCUUACUGAAAUAACAAAUUUCAACGAAAAUUUUCUCCUUAGCAUCUUAGUUAGUGCCCUAUAAUCUCCUCCUCAUAAGUAUUUAUUUCUCUUAAUGAUUGUGAUAUCCUUUCAAAAGCCAUCAUUAUACAUACAUAUAAGUGUUUGAAAAAUAUUUAAAAUUUAUCUGCCUAUAUAAUUAGGCUAUUUAGAAAUACAUACAUAUACAAUUAUGCAUAACAGAAAAU